AUGCCGAAAGUAAAAUCUCAAAAGUUUGGCUAUUCUCAUAAGCAAUCGAAAAAUGAUAAAUCUACGACCCCAAUUGGCAAAACGUUGGCGCCGUUGUUUAAUAAAAAUAUGGGCCAACACAUUUUAAAGAAUCCACUUGUAUCACAGAGCAUUGUGGAAAAAGCUGGUCUAAAGAGUACUGAUAUUGUCCUUGAAGUUGGUCCUGGAACUGGUAACCUUACAGUAAAGAUACUCGAGAAAGCGAAAAAAGUUAUAGCGGUAGAGAUGGAUCCCCGUUUGGCUGCAGAAUUGACGAAACGUGUUCAAGGAAAGCCAGAACAAAAAUGUCUGAACAUAAUGGUUGGUGAUGUUAUCAAGACGGAUUUACCCUAUUUUGAUGUUUGCAUCAGUAAUACACCAUAUCAGAUUUCUUCACCUCUUAUAUUUAAACUUCUUGAGCACCGGCCGUUGUUCAGAUGCGCAAUAUUGAUGUUUCAACGCGAGUUUGCCUUGCGAUUGGUCGCAAAGCCGGGUGACAGUUUAUAUUGUAGACUGAGUGUGAACGUUCAACUAUAUGCUAAAGUGAACCAUAUAAUGAAGGUAGGAAAGAAUAAUUUUAAACCUCCACCACAAGUAGAAUCAUCAGUAGUAAGGAUCGAACCACGUAAUCCUCCGCCGCCAGUGGAUUUUAAAGAAUUCGAUGGAUUAUUACGGAUAGCUUUCGUAAGGAAAAACAAGACCCUUGCAGCAAAUUUCAAAACCAAUUCUAUUCUGGAUAUUCUGAAAAAUAAUUACAAAACAUUUUGUUCUAUAAAUGAAAUGCAAAUGGAGGUAGACUUUGACAUUAAACAAAAGAUCCUUGAUAUUCUCAAGGCAACAGGAUUUUCAGAAACACGAGCAGCCAAAAUGGAAGUCGAAGAUUUUUUAAGGUAG